GAGUUGAGAGAUAUUUUCCUUCCUUCCGUAACAAAAACACCUUUUCACUACUUAGUUAACUUACCACACAGGCCAUUGAACAGAUUCGUUAAACGGUCCCCUUGCAGAGUUGGAGUUUCUACUCUUAACAGAGAGAGAGCUACAGCUCACAUCAAUGGCUUCUGUGGUAUUGCUUCAACACCCAGUGAACCGAACGAUGUUCUUCCCCAAUUACAAAUUUCUAUUCUCCAAUCAGAGCUCAUUCCCUCCUCAUCUCUCUUAUACCCUUCAAAUCUCUAAAUUCAGACCGGUUUGCUCCUACACGGCCCAUAACUCUUCCUCCAAAAUUUAUCGCCGCAAGAUACAAAAGAAUUCUCAAAAAGAACGGAAUGAUCAAAAUGACAAUAACCCAUCACGUAGAAACUCCACAGCGUUACUUCCUACUGUUGAUUUGAUAAAUUUGUGUCACGAGGGUAAGGUCGAGCAAGUAUUAGAAUAUUUGGGUCAGGGAGCUUCUGCUGAUUAUGUUGCUUUCGGUGCUAUAUUUGAUUCAUGUGGAAAUUUGAAGUCUCUUGAUCUGUGUAAAAGGGCGCAUGGGUUCUUGAAAUUGUCAACGUUUGCUAAUGAUAUUGAAAUGAACAAUAAAUUAAUUGAUGUGUAUGGAAAAUGUGGGAGUAUGAGAGAUGCACGCCGUGUGUUCGAUAAAAUGCGGGAGAGAAACAUGGGUUCUUGGCAUUUGUUGAUAAAUGGAUAUGCAGCGAAUGGACAGGGCGAUAGAGGGCUUUUGUUGUAUGAAGAUAUGAAGAAGUCAGGAUUACAGCCCAAUGAAGAGACUUUUUUCGCUGUAUUUGCGGCGUGUUCUAGUGUUGGAGCAGUGGAAGAAAGCUUAUUACACUUGCAAGAAAUGAGGACUGAGUAUGGCAUCAUUCCUGGGAUCGAACAUUAUCUUGGAGUAAUUGAUGUUCUUGGGAAUGCUGGUCAUUUGUGGGAAGCUCAGGAGUUCAUUGAGAGAAUGCCAUUGGAGCCUACGGCAGAGAUUUGGAGAGCUCUUCGGAAUUUUGCACAAAUUCAUGGAGAUAUUGAACUUGAAGAUCACGCGGAGGAGUUGUUAAUUGCGCUUGAUCCUUCUCAGGCCAAUGCUAACAAAACCACUCUUCCUCCGAGGAAGAUGCAUUCUGCUACUAAUAUGCUGGAGCAGAAGAAUAGGCUUGCUGAGUAUAGGUGUACACAACCCUACAGGGGAGAAGGGUACGAGAAGUUCAAAGGGUUAAAUGGUCAGUUGAGAGAAGCAGGAUACGUUCCAGACACGAGAUACGUGCUUCAUGACAUUGAUGAGGAGGCAAAAGAGCAGGCCUUGAUGUAUCACAGUGAGCGCUUGGCAAUUGCUUACGGUUUGAUCAGCACUCCGGCAAGGCAAACUCUUAGGAUCAUGAAGAAUCUCCGUAUCUGUGGUGAUUGUCACAAUGCAAUAAAAAUUAUGUCGAAGAUUGUUGGGAGGGAGCUCAUUGUCAGGGAUAACAAGCGAUUUCAUCAUUUUAAGGACGGAAAAUGCUCUUGUGGGGAUUACUGGUGAGCAUUUUGAAUCUGUAAGCACUAUAUGCAGCAAUAGUUUAUCAUCUUUGCAUUGAUGAAACAAGCUAUCCAAUCUAUUCUUCACAAGCUAAAAGGUGAGAGGUAUAUCACUAUACAUUAGGUUCUCCAUGCAAAAAGCAUUCCUGCAACGUAGGAAAGUGAAAAUUCUUUUACUGGUGUUAAAAUUUCUUUAUGUACAAUGUAUAUGAAACCUACCUAGAGGUAUAUACUCCAUAUUUAUGGGGUAAAAAAAUUAUAACAGAACAACAAAUGUUGCCAA